UUUAACACGAAAUUUACUGUUGCUGGUAACAGAGAAUGUGAUUGUCAUACAUCAAUUUCGUUUUCUUUUGGUUGGUACCUUCUAGAAAUUAGGAUUUUAUCAAUUUACUUUUGUUGUUGAAUAAGAAAAUUGGAUUAGCCAGUUUCUACGAGGGUACUAGAAAUACAAGGACUUACAAAUACUUUUAGGUUCUAUAACGUGAAUCAUUAUGAAACCUUUUGUUAUAAUUGUACUUUUGGUGAUAUUUUCAACGGCCGACGCUUAUGGCUUUCUGAAUAAGGACAAAGGUAAAAAGGUUGCAAAGAAUAAGAAAUCUUCACAAAGGAAGGAAUCUGUUGCCGUAGAAAACCCCGAAGAACCUCAACAAAUAGCAAAGUCCAGGAAACCUGUAAAGCCUUCUGUUAAAAAUGUAUUGGACCUCCCUGCUGAGAUCAAUAAUGAACCACCAAAAGUUAAGAAAGCAACUGUCGACAAGUUACACCUUAUUGAGAAACAGCAUUAUCAUGGAAACCGAGAAUUGCUAAUCAAACAUUUACAACGACAAAUUGAGCUCAAGAAAAAGCUAGGCACAAAUGAACAAAGUACAAACAAUGCCGAAAUCUCAGCACAGCAGGCAUCACAAGAAGCAUCACCAAAAUACAACAUUAAAAGUACCAAAGCGGACGACAACCAUCAAUUGCAGCAGCAACAACAAAAUAACCACGUUAAGCGUUCCCCGUCGUCCCAACAGCGAAGUACUCUGCAGCAACAACAAAAUAUCAACUUACAACAACCUAUAGAUAUAGGGCUAUCCCAGCAAAGUCACCAAACUGUACAACAGCAUACUCAACUGCAAGAUAAUAUACAACAAUAUCCACAGCAAUCCAACAUUAUAAGUACGCAUCGACAGGUUCAACAAGUGCAAAACACGAAUACUAUAAACAACCUACCACAACACCAAUCAAAUGUAAUAAUGCAACAAAAUCAUAACCAACAACAACUUCUAAAUCAACAUAAUACGCAGCACUCUCAACAAUCAAGUCUUCUUGCACAGCAACAUGGCAACAGUAUGAAUCAGAAUAUGAAUCAACAACAAUUUAUUCCACAACAACAGAACAAUAUGCAACAUAUUCAGCAACAAUCAACUGGUAACAUCGGACAAGAAAUUAGCCAUAUAGAGCAAAGUUUCCUCCCUCAGCAGGACCUACUGCAAAUUCAAAACCAAUUUCAAAAUAGAAACAGUGUUCAGCCGCAAAUGCAUAUGCAGCCAAUGGAUAUGCAUAAGCCAAUAAAUAUACUUCAAAAUGGGAACCCGUCUUAUCAGAGUCACCAAUCGCAAGCUAAAUUUCAGGUCCAACAACCUCAGCUUCGUAUACAGACUCUACACCAACAACCGAGUAAUCAAAUGACAAAUCAGCUACAACUUCAACAACAUAAUGCAAACCAAGCUUCGAUGCAAAACCAGCAUAUAUUGAUGCCAAUCAAUUCUAUAUCAAUGGACUCGUUAUUAAGUCCCAACGCAAUGCAGCCUGAACGGUACAUCCUUGUGAAAAACAACAAUUUACCAUUAACAACAACUCCGAAACCAACAACUAAAACCAUGAAAACAACAACAACAACUACAACAACAACAACUCCUCGACCAACAACUACUACGCCUGUACCAACAACAACACCAAGCGAGCAAGAUCACAAUGUCAAAAGAGUAACCAAAAGUCCAAGCAUGAAACAAAAGUUCUUUGAAAAGGAGAUGCGUAAACAAGACCUUGAAAUAAUCAAAUUAGAGCUUGAAAUUCGUGCUUUAAAAAGGAUAGAACAAUACGGCAGUUUACCAAAGGAAUUGGAACUAGAAGCUGCAAGACGAAAUACAGCAUCUGCGACACAGACUCCAACCACGACCACUACAACAAUGCAUCCGUUCUUGGAUUUCGGAAAGAACAAAUUGAAAUUUCCUUUCGACUUUUGACAACAGCCAGUAGAUAUUUAUCCCGAAUCAUCAGUAAAAGAUCAAAUUGAAUAUGAACUUGAAGCGGGAAAACAUCAGAAGGCAACAAACCUACUAAGUGAAGAAAGUAAAUCUCAAGCAGUAGAACUGAACUCAUUUGUUCCAAAUUCCAUACAAAUAAAACCAAUAAAGUUUAAUUCAUCAUC